UGAUAUUAAAUUAUAAUUAGUGAGUUAUAGCGUUUUCUUAACAGAUAUAAUUAAACAUUUUGUUUCUUCUUUUUGCACUGACUUCACAAUGUUUGGACUCUGAGCUGGCUCAGGUUCAGCUUUUAGCGGAGGUGAUUUGGGAGGUAACAGGCGCCCCCUGUUGCGCAUGAAGCGAUGAGGGGACCGACAGGAGACGCGGAUGAGAGCAUCUCCUCGCUGUCCUUGAAUGUUCACAUUAUCCGAGCGAGAAGGCAGAGGUGUCGAGCCCUCGCUCCCUCUCCAGUCCUGCUGAAAUGUCAUCUUCCUCUAACAGGGAGCCCACUACUGCGCCUGCCGUCACACUUGCGCUCGAACUUGAACUUGGGUCCCGGGAGUCUCCUGUGUUGCGCACCACGGUUCUGACUCCCCCCUCCCUCCCGUCCCUCCUCCUCCUCCUCCUCCUCCUCCCCUGCUCCUCCUCUCCUCCUGCAGCACCACUAACCGAGCCGUAACGGGACACUUUAAGCGCACCAGACCUUUUACCCGUGACAGGCUCAGACUCUGUGCGCGCCGUCCACCGGAUGAUGCGGACGCCGCGGAGGUGCUCCUCUUAUUGCUGCAACAUGGGGACCUGGAAGCUCGUAGACACCCCGAUUUGGUGCUGAAUGGUCGGAGGGACUGCGAGGAAACGAAGGGGAUUUCACAGCCACCGUGCGGAGAUGAGCGGCGCUCCGGACGUGCCUGCAUGAUGCCACCAAAUGUCUAGGCCCUCCCUGAUCCUGCUGCGGCGACAGAGAGGAUCCCCCUCAGUCCCCGGACACCCGAGCGCUACAUAUUUGGCUCCUUGACUCAUCCAGCUCAUCCUCUGCAGCUAUGAGCCACUGAUCAAUGCUAACCCCCUCUCUGUUUCGGCUUUUCCUUUCCCAGGCUCUCGCAUCAGACUGGGAUUACCCACUGAUCAAAUGCUGAAUCCUGAUAUGCCAACUUGUGGACUUCUGAUGGCGAUGUCAGAACUCACCCACACUCGAUUGUGACAAAAGGAUUCCUUGCACACCUCAUUCUUUCUGUUUUCUGGGCUUUUGCUCUGUUGGUUAGAAGCCAAAGCCAUAGCUCGUCGCUGUGAAAAAACUCCUUGUUAUGAGGGGUUCUAAGACCAAAAAGUCAGAGGGCUACAGCUGUGUGCAUGCUCUGCUUGUCUACAAUAGGCCUAGGCUGUUGUGGGAAAGCUUUGUGCAAGAGUUAUCGUGAGUUGCUGGACGCUGCAACACACUAGAGACUGCUGUAUCCUGAGACUGGAAAGUCUCGCCUGGUGCGAUCUGUACACCUUUUCUGCGUUCAUCACCUGGUCUGAGCUGCCCAGUGAGGAGCAGGGUGCUUUCCAGAUGCCGCCAUGCCCAUCAUCAGCAAUGCCAACCAUGACUUCAGCAAUCUGUCCGUCAGCGAUGACAGCAGCCUUGACCGCAUCUUCACAGAGAUCCCCGAGACCGAGACCAUCAAGGGUGUUCACUACCAGAGGGCUCAGUUCAUCCGUCGGCCAGAGGACCUGUUGUCCGUCGACCACGCUCUGCUGGCAGUAAUCAACGUUGGGGGAAACCGCUACACCUUCCCCUGGAGCACCCUAGAGCAAUUCCCCCUCACGCGACUGGGCCGCCUCUGUGGCUGCCGGUCACCUGAGGACAUCGCCAGCAUCUGCGACGACUAUGACGAAGCCCGCAAGGAAUUCUUCUUCGACCGCUCGCCGUCGGCCUUCAGGGUCAUCCUCAACUUCCUGGCCGCCGGGAAACUGCGUCUGCUGCGGGAGAUGUGCGUCCUUUCCCUGCACGACGAGCUGACCUACUGGGGGGUGGAGAUAACGUACAUGGAGCGCUGCUGCAAGAGGAAGAUGUACACCCGCAUCGAGGAGGUGCACGAGCUGGAGCGGCGCGAGGAGGAGUGCAGGCAGAGGAACGCCAUGCAGCGCGUGCCGGUGGAGGAGACGAGGUACCGACAGGUGAUGAACUGGCUGAGAGAUAUGGUGGAGAAUCCACAGUCUGGCUUGCCGGGGAAGAUCUUUGCCUGCAUGUCGGUGAUCAUGGUGGCGGUGACGGUCAUCAGCUUGUGUAUAAGCACCAUGCCAGACCUCAGAGAGGAAGAGGAGAGGGGUGAGUGUUCGUCCAAGUGCUACAACAUGUUCAUCAUAGAGACGGUGUGUGUGGCCUGGUUCUCCCUGGAGUUCAUCCUGCGGUUCAUUCAGGCCCGCAGCAAGCUGGAAUUCCUCCGAGGGCCACUCAACAUCAUCGACGCCAUGGCCAUCCUUCCCUACUACGUCUCCCUGGUGGUGAAAGAGGAGGAUCCAACGCUGGACCACGAGAGGCCAGGAGGAGGUAAGGGCUACUUGGACAAGCUGGGCCUGGUGUUGAGGAUCCUGCGCGCCCUGAGGAUUCUGUACGUGAUGCGUCUGGCUCGCCACUCUCUCGGCCUGCAGACGCUGGGGCUGACGGUCAGGCGCAGCACCCGGGAGUUCGGCCUCCUGCUGCUUUUUCUCUGCGUGGCGGUCACCCUCUUCUCCCCGCUGGUCCACUUGGCCGAAAGCGAGCUCACGGGCACACACGACUUCAGCAGCAUCCCCGCCUCCUACUGGUGGGCCAUUAUCUCCAUGACAACCGUGGGCUAUGGCGACAUGGUGCCAAGGUCCAUUCCAGGACAGGUUGUAGCCCUGAGCAGCAUCCUCAGCGGGAUCCUCAUCAUGGCCUUCCCCGCUACCUCCAUCUUCCACAUGUUCUCGCGCUCCUAUCAGGAGCUCAAGAUGGAGCACGACCGACUGUUCAAAGAGGAGUGCGCAGCCGCCGCGGCUGCUGCUGCCGCCUCUGGGGAGCUGCAGGAGGCGGGAGGUGAAGGAGUGGGGGUGGACUCAGCCCUGCCUGGGCUGGGAUUACGUCUAGACAAGGAUAGCGUGCACUCACUGGAGUCUCUUGCUCUGUUGAAAGGCACUGAUUCUGCAGGAAAUAACAACCACAGCCUGCCAGCAGCAGCUUUCUGAACGUGGACUUUAAACCAAACUUUAAAAGGAUAUCAGUACACAAAUCCCAAUAAAAGUACUGCAAAUGGCCACUGCUCCAAAGGCCCCACUUCCUGUAACGUUGUGAGGAAGGUAUCAGUGUUGCAUUGGACAAAAGGAGAUUGACAAAUAGCAAUUUUUCUUUGCUCUUUUGGUCAAAUGUACACACUGUGGACUGCACAGAAACUGAAAGACUGAAAAACCCUUUAAACUGGACGUUUGCCUGACCAGAAAAGCCAAUAUUACUAACCGGCUGCUUACAUAAACAUGCAAUAUUCAAUCCAAAGUUGCUUUUCCUUCCACUGUGAAAACACUUAAUAUAAGCCCUACUGCAACUUUUAAUUGUAUUCUCAUUACUUUUUAAUUGCCUACAGUAUGACCUAAAAAUGCGUCUUAUACUGUGUAUUCAUAGAAAAGUGCUCAUCUUAGUUUAUUUUUGAGAAGCUUGAAGCCAUGUUCUGAGAAGGAUAUAUAAACAAACUCAUAGUUUGGCCCAUAUAUGAUGUAUAUUCAUCUCUCUUUCCUGUGUGCUUGGACUCCAAGAGACUAUGGUUUCUUCAGGUAAAUGAGGUGUGAGGAUGAUGUUUUUUUUUUUCAGUUGAUGAGAAAAAAGAAAGGACAGAGAGGGUUCGUGUGGGAGAGAGAGUUUGUGCGAGUGAAGGCGAAUGAGCUCUAACAACCAUGAUAUGUACUUUGCA